CAGCAAUGUUCUCACCCGCGCCAUUCCUUUCUGUCCUGUCCGAACGGCGCUGGCAUCUCUACUGUGGGCACCGGGCUGUGACCGCUUCACAGCCUGGUGCCCACUGCGCAUGCGUGAGUCACGGCACGCCUCCUGAUUGGUCCGGCAGUCUUCUAGGACCUGUGAAAGCUCCCAGGAGACUGCGGGAGCAAAGAGGGGGCCACUGCGAACUGAGCCGGAAGUGGGAGCGGGCACCUGGGGUGGAGCGGGUACCCGAAUUUGACAGGUGCCCGCUU